CCUCCCACUGAUACCAAUGAUGGGGCACUAUUCCUCCCACUGAUACCAAUGAUGGGGCGCUAUUCCUCCCACUGAUACCAAUGAUGGGGCACUAUUCCUCCCACUGAUACCAAUGAUGGGGCACUAUUCCUCCCACUGAUACCAAUGAUGGGGCACUAUUCCUCCCACUGACACCAAUGAUGGGGCACUAUUCCUCCCACUGACACCAAUGAUGAGGCACGAUUCUUCCCACUGUGACACCAAUGAUGGGGCACUAUUCCUCCCACUGACACCAAUGACACUUGCUGACCCUGUUCUACAGCACCUCUACACUGAACACUUACCUGCUGCUCCUGCACUCGAUUUUCGCGGGGCUGCUCGGCUCUGCCCCCUCACCGGUGAUUGGCCGCCUGUGUGCCUUUCCUGAGCUGCAGUUCUGGCGGCCAAU